ACAAAAAAAUCAGUAUAUUAUCUCUCUACGGAAUCAGGGGUUUUUCCAACGAAGAAUAGCAAAAAAACUUUAAUCAUAAAAUUUUCAGCGGCCGUCGAAGCAUCACUGGCAAAACUAGCAAUGUCAACUAGCAAUGUCACUGUCAACGGCCGUCGAAGCAUCACACUGAAAAGUUCUGAUGGAGAGACUUUUGAGGUGGACGAGGCGGUGGCGCUUGAAUCUCAGACGAUAAAGCACAUGAUAGAGGACGACUGUGCUGACAACGGUAUCCCUCUACCUAAUGUCACAAGCAAGAUCCUUUCUAAGGUAAUUGAGUAUUGCAAGAAGCACGUCGAGACCCCCAAGUCCGAAGAUCGUCCCUCUUCUGGUGGUGACGGCGAUUUGAAGGACUGGGACGCCGAGUUCGUCAAAGUUGAUCAGGCUACUCUCUUCGAUCUCAUCCUGGCUGCCAACUAUCUAAACAUCAAGAGCUUGCUGGAUCUCACUUGUCAGACAGUAGCAGGCAUGAUCAAGGGCAAAACUCCAGAAGAAAUUCGCAAGACUUUCAACAUCAAGAAUGACUUUACACCAGAGGAAGAGGAGGAAGUUCGCAGGGAGAACCAAUGGGCCUUUGAAUGAAAGGCCAGGAAAAGAGUAUCUGUAUUUCUAGUUCCCUUUUUAUGUUGGAGAUGGGUGUUCAGGAUUACUGCUUUGCAAACUAUUAUUAGUUUACUUGGCUUGUUCCCUACCCAAAACUAUCACUUACUCUGAUGUCUGGCUGUAACCUUUUCAUUAUGUUAAUAUGGUAUCUGCUGUUCGUUUA